AUAAAGACAAGAGACAAGUAGCUUGUCUUGUCUAAAGUGUCUUUAUCUAUGACAAGUAGGACAAAACGAUUGAUCCAAAGAUAGAAACAAGCAUUUAUCAAUACUAUCAAGAGACUAUUCAUCUAUGAACUUGUACACAGUGAAAUCAAGUGAACAACUGAAAAAGUGAUUUACCAUAGACCAUAGAGGUGACCAAUAGUUUGUAAUCUGUGCCAUAGAGAAGAAAGUGCAAUGGACCGAUUUAGACAAAUGGAAGACGAGAUGAGCAGGUUUGAGGCUGAAAUAUCUGGCCAGGCAAUGAUGGGUGGCUUCGCUAUAGGCCCAACAUAUAUCCCAGGAUUUGGGAACAUUCCUCCACCACCUCAGCAACGUAUGCUGAUUCCCCAUCAGCUUGGGAAGAAGGUCUAUGCCCCUCAACAAGUGUUAUCUUCAGCUCCUGCUGUAGUAUCGGCAAAGCCUACAAUCUAUCGCGCGCACCAGAAAACUAUGUCUCAUGCACCCCAAGCUCCUGCCCCUGCACCUGCACCGGCCCCUGCUUCAGCUGCAACUCCCGCAACGCCUGCUACAUCGCAGUCGCAGGUGGACUUUAUGGCACUUCAAAGUGAGGUGGAAAAGAAACUGAAAAAACUGAAGAACGAGAAAGUUAGCGCAGAAUUGGCCAUUUCUCAAGGAAAGGCAAGUAGUGCUCUCCAAUCGUUUGGCCCAGAAGACUACAAACGAAAGGGGUCUAAAAACAGGAAACUUACGAGGACGGCGGGAGGCCAAACUUGGGAGGAUAAUUCGCUUACAGACUGGGCAGACGAUGAUUUCAGAAUAUUUUGCGGAGACCUCGGUAAUGAUGUUACGGACGAACUGUUGACCAGAACAUUCAAUAAAUUUCCAUCCUUUCAACGAGCUAAAGUCAUCAGAGACAAAAGGACAAAUAAAAGUAAAGGCUACGGAUUUGUUAGCUUCAAGGAACCAGCUGACUUUACCAAAGCGAUGAAAGAAAUGAAUGGACGUUAUGUUGGAAGUCGCCCGAUCAAGUUGCGAAAAAGUACCUGGCGGAGUCGGUGUAUAGACAUUGUCAAGAAGAAGGAAAAGGAGAAAGCUGCCCUAAUAAAUCUGUUAACAUCUGGAGGAAAAUAGCCAAGUCAACAUAAUUAUUGAUUGAAAUUGAAUAACGGUUGCUAACUUAAAUUUAUAUUAGUAGUCGACCAUUUAAACUCUUGGAGAAGAGUGGAAAGGGACUAAAAUGAGGCACUCAGAACCAUAGUGGCUUUUAAAACCACACUGGCCCUAAACCAUCUUUGGCCGUGUUGCUUUGUAGGUGGAAUUAUUCAAUUUAUUUUGGCGUCUGUAAUAUUGGUUGCAUAUGGCCCCUAUGGUUCUGAGUGCCUCAAAUGUACCUACUUCUUAUUGAUGUAAAGCAAUUUUAUGAAGUAAAAUGAACUGUGAAUAGGCCAUUUUUUUGUAAAUAUUGACUUUUGAAUGUA